AUGGAGACGUGCCGCCUGAUGAACGACGCGGAGUGGGACCUCUUCUGGCGGCGGCAAGACGCGCUGCGCGCCCAGAAUGCCGACUCCGACUCCGUCUCGCCCGACAGGCCCGACCGCAAGCGCAUUCGGCUCGUCAACGCGCACAAGCCUGCGUUCUCCGACGAGGGCGAUGCUGAGGACAUUGCGAGCUUCGCGCCACACAAGGAGGAGACGGGGCCGAGCUACGAGCUGCUGCUCGCUGCCGCGCGCUCCUUCUCGCGCAAGCCCGCCGCCGGCCUGGUCAAGCCCAAGGCGGCGCCCGCCUACCUCCCGGCAAACGCGGCCAAGCCCAAGGCGAGCUCCAUCAUGCGCCGAUGCGGGACCUGCCCGGCGUGCCGCGCGCCUGACUGCGGCGUGUGCAAGGAGUGCCGCGACAAGCCCAAGUUUGGCGGCGCGGGCAUCCGCAAGAAGCCAUGCAUUGGCCGCAUCUGCCAACAGACCUCGGCAAGGCGCGAGCAGCUGGCCCCGCCAGCCUUUGCUGGCGCGUACGCCAUGAAGCAAACGAGCAGCCCCCUCGUCGCGAUGCCAGCCGCCGCGUACGCCAUGCAGCAAACGAGCAGUCCCUCGCCGGCGCUCGCGCCGCUCAUGUCUCCGCGCCGCUCCUCGCCGCUCGUUCCGCAGUACAUGCCCCCGGCGCAGCCGCUUGUAGCCUACCCCGUGGCACCCGAGCCGCCGGCGGCACCUCACGAGAGACGAGACCUCAAAAACGAGUAA